AUGAAAAGCUUUGGGACUAACAUCUCAAGUACUACCAGCUUCAUACUAACAGGCUUUCCAGAGAUGAAAAAUCUUGAGCAUUGCCUGGCUGCCCUCCUCCUGCUGCUUUAUGUUAUCUCCAUCCUAGGCAAUUCCCUAAUUCUCUUCAUCAUAAAGGAGGAGCAGAGUUUGCACCAGCCAAUGUACUACUUCCUGUCUCUUUUGUCUGUCAAUGACUUGGGGGUAUCUCUUUCAACAUUUCCCACUGUACUGGCUUCUAUGUGUUUUCAUAUCACAGAGACUGCUUUUGAUGCCUGCCUGUCCCAGAUGUUUUUCAUCCACUUUUUCUCCUGGACAGAAUCUGGGAUCCUGCUGGCCAUGAGUUUGGACCGCUAUGUGGCCAUCUGUAACCCCUUGCACUAUUCCUCAGUGCUCACUGAUGUCCGUGUGGCCCACAUGGGGCUAUUCAUCAUCAUACGCAGCUUCUGCAUGGUCUUCCCACUUCCCUUCCUCCUGAAGAGGCUGCCCUUCUGCAAGGUCAAUGUGCUGAUCCAUUCCUACUGCCUGCACCCAGACCUGAUACGCCUGCCCUGUGGAGAUACCACCAUCAACAGCAUGUAUGGUCUAUUCAUUGUCAUUUCUGCCUUUGGUAUAGAUUCAGUGCUCAUUCUCCUCUCCUAUGUGCUCAUUCUGCGCUCCGUGCUGGCCAUUGCCUUCAAGGAGGAGAGGCUUAAGACACUGAAUACAUGUGUAUCACACAUCUGUGCUGUGCUCAUCUUCUAUGUGCCCAUGGUUAGUGUGUCAAUGGUCCAUCGAUUUGCAAAGCAUGCCCCUGAGUAUGUUCACAAGUUCAUGUCCAUUGUCUAUCUCUUUGUGCCUCCAAUGCUCAACCCAAUUAUCUAUUCCAUUAAAACAAAGGAGAUCCGCAGGAGACUACACAAGAUGUUAUUGGGCCCUAAGUUCUAA